AUGAAGUUUCGGUUUCUGUUGAUUCUCUAUAUAGUAAAGCUAACAAUCGCAGAUUAUUCCAAAGUCGACGUCGCGGACGAGGCUUCCUUGGAAAAAUUCAGCCCUCUGAGGGGGUACAUCGGAAACAUAGAAGUGUUGAUGCUCAAGGCGCCGAGCGAGCUGACGAUUCAGAGCCUGGAGGAUGCGAAGGUGCCGGUGUGGAAGUCGAGGCCCACGGAGGCGCUGCGGGAGGCCGUCGUGUACUACCAGCACGGCCGAAGGAUAGGGCUCUACGUGUACUCCAUAGACUACUUCUCGUCGCCGAAGCAGUCGUUUUACAUCUACAAGAGGAACAGGUGGAGGUCGUCCUCGCAGGACAGUUUCGACGCAAUGCUGUUCGAUAGGGCGCUAGUUUUGACCUUAGGCUCAUUCACGACGAGUUCAAUGGCUCUAAUUUACGUCUUGGUCUUUUUAAUUUUUUAA